AUUCAUUACUUAUCGUGUUAAGCAAUGUCAGCUCAGAUUUAUCCGAGAGCCAGAUGCAGUCAUCAAAAGAGCCACAUCUGGCUUUAGAGCCAGAGGUUCCCUACCCCUGGCUUAGGCUAAAUAAUUAUUAGUUUAAGGGGCUAAGUGUAGACAUGGCCUAAUGUAGUUUUUUGUGCAGAUAACAAUAUGAAAUACUAAUAAAUGAAAUAUAUCAAAUCACUUAUAUACCUUUAUUACAGAUGGUGAUGGUACUUUAUUGACAUCAAUGGUGUUUCUCAUCUUCUUUAUCUUUAUAAACUUUUUAUAAACGGCUUAUUUUGCAGUCAUACUUUUUGUGGCGGAGAGCAGAGUCUUCCAUGUGUCGGACACUUCUCUUUUUUGACUUUAAGACUUCAAAUCUCGCCAAAAAACAAACAAACUUCAAAUCGGAUAAAAACCCAAAGUGUCUGAAUUAAGGAGCGAGAUGCUGGCGAGAUGAGGAACUUGGUUCUGAGUUCCCUUGAUGUAUCCCGCCUGGACUUGUGGGAGAUCUCCAGAGAUAACAAAGUCACAUUGUGAGCUGUGGAGUCGGACUACAAAUCCUUAAUUAGAAAAAGCGGAUCAGAUGACGAAAGCAGCCAAUAGCAGGCUCUCCGGGCGGCAUGGGGGGGCUUUGAUCAGGAAAAUCCAAUUAUUUGUGUAUAUACAUUUCCCACAUAGUGAUUACUUCAUUAAUUGUCCCGCCUUUAUCUCCUCCCUCCCCCCGCCCCCUGCUAAUAAUCAGCUCCUUUCUCCCGCCACAAACACACCAAUAGCAGCUUUGUGGAUUCAAAGGAUCUGCGCGCCUCCCUCAAAGAGCCGCCAUUCUUUGAUGAUUGGGCAGCGGCAAACUUCAAAGUCAUAAAUCUCCUUUCUGACUGGCUGGCGGCGCACCAAAGUGCUUAUCAAAGCCUGUGAAGUGAGGCCGCGCCGUCAGAUAGUGGCGGGAGAUCUGCGCGCGAGGAGGCUUGGCCGGGCUGCCUCGAAAAGCACUUUUUUUAUGCGUCGACGCCGCCAUUGCUGGCGUUUUUAGGAAUUAAAAGCGACUUUUUUUUUUUUUUUUUUUGAGGGGGGGGGUUUGUGGAGCGUGUUUAUCCGAGUUCGCUGGUCGCCGCGGCGGCGGAGGAGGACGAUGGCGGCCGUGGCUGUGCUGCGGAACGAGACGCUCCACGCUUUCCUGCAGGACCGAACUCCCAACUCUUCCCCGGAAAACUGCAAGCACUCCCCGCUGGCUCUCCUGGCCGCCACCUGUAACCGAAUCGGGCACCACCACCACCACCACCAUCAUCACCACCACCCGGCGUCCAGCCCCUCCGACUUCCUCCCGGUCCCUUACGACCCCGCCACCCUGGGGUCCCCGUCGCGGUUGUUCCACCCGUGGACUAACGAGGCCAGCGCUCCGGGCAACGCAACUUUCGGACUAAGUUCCAAGCCCCAGCCGCUGGGCUCCUUCGCGGCCCCGCACGAGCUGCCCCUCACCCCGCCCGCCGACCCCGGCUACCCGUACGACUUCUCCCCGGUGAAGAUGCUCCCCUGCUCCAUGCAGUCCCCGUGUCCCCCCACCUACGUGCCCGCCGUCAGCUACGCGGCGCCCGCGGCCAUGCCGCCCGCCAUGCCCACUUUUGUGGCGGGCCACCAGAGACAGUUGUCCCCCAACCCGGCGGAGGACAUCCCGUGGUGGAGCCUCCAGCAGGGCAACCACCGCUUCCAGCUGCAGAGGGGCCUGGUGCUGCACGGCCACACGGCGGACUUCGCCCAGUACCAGACGCAGAUCGCCGCCCUCCUGCACACCAAGUCCCCGCUGGCCACCGCGCGCCGCUGCCGCCGCUGCCGCUGCCCCAACUGCCAGUCGGCCUCCUCCGGCGCCGAGGAGCCGGGCAAGAAGAAGCAGCACGUCUGCCACAUCCCGGGCUGCGGCAAGGUGUACGGCAAGACGUCGCACCUGAAGGCGCACCUGCGCUGGCACUCCGGGGAGCGGCCCUUCGUCUGCAACUGGCUCUUCUGCGGCAAGAGCUUCACGCGCUCGGACGAGCUCCAGAGACACCUGAGGACUCACACCGGGGAGAAGCGCUUCGUGUGCCCGGACUGCUGCAAGAGGUUCAUGCGCAGCGACCACCUGGCCAAGCACGUCAAGACGCACCAGAACAAGAGGAGCAAGUGCUUGGACAAGACGCUGGAACACGUCAAGAGGGAGGACUCCAGGAAUCACCUCAUGUGACAUUCACGUCCAUCCCUCCACACAAAAAAACUGUCAUUCGUGCAAUAAUGAUGAAAAACUAAACAAGUCCACGGUCGGUGAGCUCCGCUUGUCCAACUUGUGUCCAAAUAUAUCUGCUGAUGUAGCCAGCCACACAAGUUCUUUGCAACUUGUGGUUUUCUGGGAAGACGUUCGCCCUCCUUGUAAAUCAUAUUUAAUAGCUUUUGUUGAAUGAAAGUGUCCCGGGUUUUUUGCUCCAUGCGGGGCUGUUUUUAAAAGCAUGCAUCUUGAACAAGAUUUGCUAUUGUUGAUAUGACCCCCCCCCCCCCCCCAUACAAUGUGAGAAUAAAAGAAGACUAUAACAUUUA